AUGGAAGGAUUCCUAGACUUGGACGAGAUAGAGUCUCGUCCCGUCCAGGAGCCAAAACGAGACGGAAGAGCGCGAUGGACCGAGGACGAGAAUGUUUUAAUUAUGCGCGCUCAUUUUAUAGCGAAGACCCUAGAGCAGUUGUCAGAAAGAACAUAUAGACAACUUCUGACUGAAACAUGGAAUGAUAUCAAGCCAGAAAAACAGCUUUACACGAAUCUGCUGGCUAAUCGAGUGAGAUAUCUGCUAGAAAAUGAAAAGCUUUCAAGUGUCGAACUAGCAGCGAUUGAACAGAGCAUAUGGCCACAGACAGCGCCACCAGCAGAAGAGCAAGAACAAGAGCUCAACCAACUGGAAGAACUUCAAGAAGAACAACAGGAAGAAGACCAGGAAGACCCACAAACCAGAAAAAUGAAGCAAAUCUUCGGCCGAAAUACACUACUAUACAGUGGUAUAAAUCCUGAAGCUAGGCUAAAAAUUCCUAGGAUGAAGGGAUCGCGCAUCAUGUUGGAGAAGGUGAGGAUGGUAGAUGCAAUUAUUGAAUCUCACAUCACAAGCGCGACAACAUUGAGAGAUAUGGUGGACCUGGUAUACACGGGAGCGGCCACUGUAUGUGAGGAGAUGGGAAAGUGUCUAACGGAACCACACAGAAAACCAAAGAAAGAGCAGCCCCCAUGGAGAGCCCGCCUGGAAAGAAAAGUAUUAAAGAUUAGGAAAAACAUCGGAUUACUACAUACUUACCUGAACACCGAGGUCGUAUCCAACAAGGUCCAUAAGGCGGUCCGUAGGAUAGCCUCUGAGGUCCGUAUAAACCUUAAAGCUUCUGACUCCCGGAUGAAGCUUGAAACCCUCAAUGAUCACCUGAAACAAAAAAUAAAAGCUCUAGGUAACCGUAUAAAACGCUACACUGAAAGUAAAAUGAGGUACGAGAAUAAUCAGUUGUACUAUAAAAAUCAAAAGCAAUUCUUUAGAAACCUGGAAAACAACAACAAUACUGAUAAGGAACCUCCCAAAACAGAGGACAUGUACACCUACUGGCAGGCAAUAUGGGGUAACAACAAGCAACACGACGAUACGGCUCGUUGGAUCAGGGAGUCGGAGGCUGAAAGCUCCAGGUAUAACAUGGAAGAGGUUGAGAUCACUAAACUGGAUAUUGAACAGGUGCUGAAAAAAACAAACAACUGGGCGGCGCCCGGACCGGACAAGAUCCAGAAUUAUUGGUGGAAGCACUUCCCGAGCACCCAUCAAACCCUUGCUACCCCCUUUCAGAGAGCACUGACCAACCCAACUGUCAUCCCUGGUUUCUUCACAUUGGGCACCACCAUAAUGUUGCCAAAGGGAAACACAACAUCUGACCCAAAGAAUUUUAGACCAAUAACAUGCCUGCCCACCAUAUAUAAACUACUAACUGGUACCAUCACAAAAUAUAUAUGGAAUCACGUGAAGAAAGAAAACAUCUUGGCACGCGAACAGAAUGGCUGCUGUAGGGACGCAAAAGGAUGCAAGGAGCUUCUUGUAGUCGACCAAAUCAUCACCGGGCAGGCGAAGGGUAAACUUCGUAAUAUAUCUAUAGCCUGGGUCGAUUAUAGAAAAGCGUUUGACUCAGUGCCCCACACCUGGCUGCUGAAAACACUGAGAUUGUACGGAAUAUCAGAUAAGGUGAUCAAUCUGCUUGAACAUCUCAUGAGCGCCUGGCGUACCACAUUAUUGAUUGAUAAUAGAGGUGAAAGCAGCAUGUCAAAGGAGAUAGCCAUCAAAUGCGGAAUUUUCCAGGGAGAUACUUUGAGCCCGCUCUGGUUCUGCCUGGCUCUGAAUCUCCUAAGUAAACUUCUCAACAAAAGCAAAUACGGAUAUAUCAUCAACAAGACCAGAAACUGCAAAAUAAACCACCAAUUAUACAUGGAUGAUCUCAAACUUUUUGCAGCCAAUAGAGAAGAGAUGAGAAGGCUACUGGAAAUAGUGUCAUCCUUCAGCCAGACGAUCGGCAUGGAGAUGGGACUGGACAAAUGCGCGGUCCUGGAUGUGAAGAGGGGCAGGGUUGCCGAGGGUCCGGAGAUUAAGCUGUGGAACGAGUCAAAAAUAUCAUGUCUAGGGCCUCAAGAAACUUACAAAUAUCUUGGCAUUCAACAAGCCCUUGACAUAAAAACGCCUGAAGUGAAAGAUAAUUUCAAGACUAAAUACUUUGCCAGGCUAAGGAGUCUUCUUAAAGCUAAGCUCAAUUCGAAGGCACUGUUUACAGCUAUUAAUAUAUGGGUCUUACCCUGCAUUACUUACUCAUUUGAAGUAGUACGCUGGACAGCCGCAGAACUGCAAGCAAUAGACAUCCAAACCAGAAAGCUCCUCACUAGGUAUGGAAUACAUCACCCCCAUUCCUCAGUGAAUAGAUUGUACAUCAGCAGACAUGAAGGUGGCAGAGGGCUCCAAAAUAUCCUCAUAACACACAACAAAAUUGUAUCACAGAUGAGAGAUUACUUCAGAUCAAGAAACUUACCGCUUUUUAAGAUCGUGUGCCAAGCAGAUGAGUACUCAGCCUUGCAGCUGGCAAAAUCCUCGGUGAAUCUCAGGAAACAAUCAUUGGAACAGCUUUCGGAGGAGUGGCACAGCAAAGCCCUCCAUGGCAGAUAUCCUGGAAAUUUAAAAUCUGAUAAUAUAAUAAAAAAUGAGUCAUUAACUUACCUGAAAGCAGGAUACCUACACCCUGAAACCGAAGGAAGGCUUAUAGCAAUCCAGGACCAGGUGGUGCCAACAAGAGCCUAUAUAAAGAGAAUAACUGGCCGCAACAUACCCUCAGACGGUGCUCCAGAGCCCUGGAAACGAUUCAGCACAUCACAUCCUCGUGCCCUAUACUGGCCCCAAAAGAUUAUAUGGAACGCCACAACGCCAUGGCCAGAGUGUACCACAGGGAAAUCGCGACGAAAACAGGUCUACUGCAAACUGUACUGGGACACUGCCAUGGUCACAGAUAGGUCUAUAGCACACAAUCGCCCUGAAAUUGUGUUGUUCAAUAAAACCGAAAAGUCUGUACAGAUAAUAGACGUAUCGGUUCCCGCUGACGACAACAUCACCAAAGCCUAUACGGAGAAGGUCAGUAAGUAUCACGACCUGGCCUUUGAACUGAAGGAGAUCUAUGGCCUCAGAAAGACAUCUAUAGUGCCACUCAUAAUAUCGGUGAACGGCUUGGUGGAGGCCCACAUGCUAGAAAAUACAAAGAGGCUGCAACUUGAUACUUACUUGAUUAGUCAAGCCCAAAAGCAAGUGAUUUUGGGCACUACGCGGAUAGUCAGGAGGUUCUUGACCAGCUCCUGA